AUGAGCGAAAGUCACAACCAAAAUACAAAUUUUACAAGUGGUAAAGGUGAACCAAUUACAGUUACAGAAGAAUCAAUUGAGAAAGCUAAAGGAAUAAUAUCAUCAGUUGAAAAAACACCACCAACUAAAAGAGGUAGAAAUGAUAAUGAAAACAUUGAUACAGAACCAAUACAAUCAAAUUACAAUAACAACAACAACAACUUUAAAGUAAAUAAAUUCGAUAAUAAAGAAAGCACAGGUUUUAAAACUGCAUCAAAUUUACCAAUUAGAGUAUCAAAAGAAACAUUAAAUAAUGAAAAAUCAAAAAUUGAUAUUGAACAUCAACAAGAUAUUGACAUAAAUAAUUAUAAUCAAGUUUUAUCAACAUUAGAACAACCUUUUAAAGUUGAUCGUGAGAACACUCAAUAA